AGCAGUUGUAGUCCAGCAGACUCGAGACUUUGGAAAUUCAUUCUCCCGCCGUCCUCUCCUCGCCGAGUAAUCUCAGGGAGAAGAACGAAAAGCAAAAAAGAGGAAAAGGGUAGCGAAGCAAAUAGUAAAAGGUGGAUAGAUUUCUCUGGGAUGGUAAUAAAGAUGGCAGUCAGAGUUAGGAGCUUUAAGGAAAUCCCAAGACUCGUUCCCAAGUUUUACUCUGUUUGUUAUGGAAGUUACCAAUCAUCUAGGGGAGGCAUUGAUAAUUUGUGGCUGCGUUGGUUAUCUUCGAGUCAUGAGUGCUUGAGAAAUGACAAGAAGCUCGAAUGGAGCAGAAGCCUUCAUUCCCAGAGUUAUUUUCAGGUACUCAACAUCGCGAGAGGUAUCACUUGAACCUCUAUCUGAAGCUGAUUUCCUUUCUUUUAUGCAAUCUACUCUCGAUGAACACCAAGGCUAUUCCUAUAGGUGGUUAAACAAACAUGAGGGGUGCAAGAGUUUCUUUAAGAAAGAUGGAAUCUUCUUAAUUGUUGCUGGUGAAGAUAUUGGAGAUUUUGUGCUAUCUGGCUGUAAUCCCUUGAGCAUGUUUGAGAAGGUUAAAUCACUUCAGCAAAGGUAUCCUUCUCUACAGGUGAUGGGAUUCCAAUAUAGUCCAUCAAUUUCUUUAAAUGCUGUUCCAACAAAUUUACUCUGGAGGAUCAUGGCUGAGUACAUUUUGUUUCCCGUUUUAUUGUCUAACAAGUGUUAUCCUCAGAAAAAAGAUGGUCCCUGCUACAUAAUGUUUAAGGGGUUUGAGAGUCCUUUGAUCUAUCACGAGAAGGAUGUUGAUCUUGCAACUCUUGAUAAAGCUGUCAAAAUCUUAACUGCGGAUCAUGGUCAGAUCUCUAGGUUGGUAAAUAAGCUGGAAAGCAGUUGGGCAAAUCGAAUUCAGAUUGUCAAGGAACCACAUCACUACUCAUCCUUGCGGAAUUUGUUUCUUUGCUUCCCAGGUUGUAUUUCUGUAGAUGAAGAUGGAAAUCGCUUGUUCCUUUCUGAUUCUAACCAUCAUCGCAUCAUCAUCUUUGAUAUCAAUGCAAAGAUUUUGGACUCUAUAGGUUCUGUUCCUGGUUUUGAGGAUGCAGAGUUUGAGAAUGCCAAGUUGAUGCGCCCUGCUGCCUCUUUUUAUCAUGCUCCUGAGGAUUGUUUGUAUUUUGUCGACUCGGAGAACCAUGCCAUAAGGAGAGCUGAUAUGCAGAGAAGGGUCGUUGAGACAAUUUAUCCGACAAACACUAGUAAAAAGACUACUAGUUUAUGGAGCUGGGUCCUGGAUAAGCUUGGGAAGAAGAGAGAAGUAGACACUCCAUCUGAGGCGUUUCAUUCUGAUUCAUUGUUGUUUCCUUGGCAUCUAUUAAAGUCAACCAGCAAUGAUCUCUUUGUUCUCAAUCGCAGCUUUGGAACUCUAUGGAUUGUGGAUCUGGCUUGUGGGGUUAUUAAAGAAGUGGUAAAAGGUCUUCCGAAGGUUUUGGAAAUCUGUGGAGAGAUGAUUAUGGAGAAAUCAUCUGUUUUGAAGCAUAUACCUAGUGAUUGGUUGCAGCAACAUUUAGGCAUGACUUCCUCAUUGGAUGGAAUUCCUCAUUCUGGCUUGUUGUCCUCUGUAGCAAAUUUUAAGGAUGAUUUAGUCCUCUGUGAUGCAGUGGGUCAGAUGGUAUUCAAACUUAAUGGAAAAUCAGGGUCAAUAUCAAGCUUUCAAUUCUCAAAUUUUGGUGUCCUUGGGCUUCCUUAUUGGUUCUCAUUCCCAUUGGAACGAGUUUGUGCAGCGGGUGAUGUAUUAUCCGAAAUGCACAUUGAUCAUAUAGAAGGUUUCAGCUUGUUGCCAGGUAGAGUAAACAUAUUGAUGAAGAUACUGAUUCCCGAAGAGAUGGAUCUUGUAGAACCAUUGGAUAAAAGUUGUAUAUGGUGCCAGGCAAGAGGAACGGCAAUGGAAGUCUCUGGAGCUGAGAGCAAGGCUGAUUCUUCUGAAAAGGUUGGUGUUGCCCAACAGUGGUAUGAUGAAAUUGACCACCUAACAUUCACGACAUCAGAAGGGGAAUCAACAACAGCAGCGGAGACCACAGGUGAAAACAGGGUAGUUCAAGAAGGCAGAGUUUGCAUUGAUUGCACCGUUUCAACAAGUCCUGGAACAAGUGAGGUCAUCAUAUAUGCACCACUAUAUUUAAGGCUAAAAAGGAGUUCAAGUUCAAGCACUGACAAUCGAGUCGAAGAUGCAGCCAGGAUAGCAGAUAUCAUCGACCCACUGAGAAAGCCUGCUAGAGAUUCAGUCAUUCAAUUCCUGUUGAGUUCGAAAAGGGAUCUAAAAGAUCUCAUAUUUGUUAAGCCCUUGCACGUGAGGCUGAAAUUUGAUUGUGGUGACCACCCAAAAGCCGAUAAUUCUAAAAGUGUAGUUCUGACAGCCACCUCUAUAGAAGUGAAUGUUGCUCUUUGAGAUUGCUCUCAUUUCUUCACCAACCAAAUAUGUUUGUUCAUAAUUAUUAUUAUGUCAGUCAUCUCAAGUUCAGUGAACGUUUUUCUGGUUUCUAUCAUACGCCAGGAGUCCUGAAAUAACUGCUACCAUGAAUCAAGGAGUUUUUUCAAUUUGGUACCGAGGAAGCUGUAAUAAUAUAGCGUCGUCAUUCCUUCCGUAA